UUUGAGGCACCGAGGCGUAUCAUGCGUUUCUAUAUAGGCGAGAGUUUUUCUACAUUUAAUUUUAAUUGUAUAGGCCUAUCUAGUUCUAUGAUAAUGGAUUGUGCUAUCUCUGUUUUUAUAUUUAGUAUCGUUUUCAGCUAUGCAAGAGCGCAACAAGGGUGCGUAACACCGCCGAUGGAAUGCCCUAAUGAAAAUAUAACAUUUUGGCUCUACACGAGGGCCAACGAAGACAAGCCGCACCAAGUGCAAGCAAUGGAUGCGGACUCCAUCAAGUCGGCACCGUGGGUCAAGGACGCCCCCGUCAAGAUCCUCAUCCAUGGAUACACGGGCUACAAGGACUACUCGCCGAGCAAAGAAAUACGACCAGCGUACAUGAAAUGCUGCAACUACAAUGUGAUCAGCGUCGACUACAACCCCAUCGCGCGUGAACCCUGCUACUUCCAGGCCGCUCGGAACACCGAACUAGUUGGCAAAUGCACGGCCCAACUCAUCGAUCAACUGGUCACCCAACACGGCUUCGAUUUGAAGAAGUUCCACGUCAUCGGGUUCAGUCUUGGAGGACAAACGGCUGGAUUCAUUGCAAACUUUAUGACUAGUGGGAAGUUGGAACGGAUAUCCGCGCUUGAUCCAGCCAUGCCUUUGUUUGUUACUGAAGACAAGAAAAAGAAGAUCGACUCCAACGACGCGAACUACGUGGACUGUCUACACACCAACUCGCUGGAGAAAGGCAAGCUGGAGACCUGCGGCACGUCCGACUGGUUCCCCAACGGGGGGCUCACGCAGCCCGGCUGCUUGCCCUCGAAGGAACAAACUAAAUCAGGCUGCGACCACGCCAGGGCCCCGGCGUAUUUCGCAGAGUCCAUAACCACCGACACCGGCUUCUACGGCAGCAAGUGCAACUCGUGGUUCUCGUACUUGAUCGGGUGGUGCAUUGGCGUGUCUGAUGACUACGAGUUGUAUGGAGAAUGGAUGUCAUUGAACGCUUCAGGUCUUUACUUCUUUGUGACGAACGCCGAGCCCCCGUACGCCCGAGGCCGCAACAAGAAAUCCAGAAGCAUUUUCAAUCGAUAGCGUCGACUAUAAAGUUACGAAUAUUUUAGUACUAUCAACGUGAUUAUAAAAUAAGUUAUAGCAUAGAU